AUGAAAGCUGCUGCCAAAGUUGAUCUGUGCUCAUUAUUGGGAUCCAUUGGAUAUUUGGCUGGAACACGGGAACAAUGCUCCCUCCCCUAUACAUUUUCAAGAUGGGAAGACAAUGGACAUUGGGCAAUGGAUAAUGUACAAUGGGCAAUGAGCAAUGAGCAAUCCAAGAGCCCACUGUUGGUUAUUUGA